AUGUCGUUAACAAAUUGUCGAUUCUACGAGGAGAAGUAUCCGGAGGUGGACAGCUAUGUCAUGGUCAACGUUAAGCAGAUUGCCGAGAUGGGCGCAUACGUGAAACUGCUUGAAUACGACAACAUCGAUGGCAUGAUCCUCUUGUCUGAACUUUCGCGGAGACGUAUUCGGAGUAUACAGAAGCUCAUUCGGAUCGGGCGCAAUGAGGUGGUGAUUGUACUUCGUGUCGACAAGGAGAAAGGUUACAUUGAUCUGUCCAAGCGCCGUGUUUCGCCCGAGGAUGUGACCAAGUGUGAGGAGCGAUACAACAAGAGCAAGGCGGUGCACUCGAUCAUGCGUCACGUCGCCGAGGCGACCCAGACUCCCCUCGAGACCCUCUACCAGCAGAUCGCAUGGCCGUUGAACCGGAAAUACGGCCACUCGCACGAUGCAUUCAAGCUGUCGAUCACGAACCCCGACGUGUGGAACGAGAUUGAUUUCCCCAGCGAACCUGUCAAGAAGGAGCUGCAGCAGUACAUCAGCAAGAAGCUCACCCCUCACCCGACCAAGGUUCGUGCCGAUAUCGAGGUCACCUGCUUCGGAUACGACGGAAUCGACGCGGUCAAGGAGGCUUUGCGAACCGCAGAGGCAGACAACACCCCCGAGAACCAGAUCAAGGUCAAGCUGGUGGCGCCGCCGCUGUACGUCCUGACCAGCCAGUGUCUGGACAAGAGCCUGGGAAUCAAGUUGCUAGAGGAGGCCAUCGAGAAGAUUGGUGCGAAGAUCAAGUCGUCGGGCGGCAACUGCACCAUCAAGAUGGCGCCUAAGGCCGUUACUGAGCACGACGACGCUGUUCUCCAAGAGCUCAUGGAGAAGCGCGAGCGCGAGAACCAGGAGGUCAGUGGUGACGAGAGCCAGUCGGAGAGCGACGAGGGGGUUCCCGAGUAA